AUGAAGUCUAUCCUCACCUUGCUGCCGGUGGCAGCUCUAGCUCUCGCACAAGACCAGAUCCCACUUUCUCCCCUCGAGUCUCCCUCCGAACCGCUGACUCUCGACGCAAUCCCUCUCCUCGGCUUCGGAACCUGGAACUUGAAAGAGAAGAACACCAGCGACGCUGUAUCCUGGGCUAUCCAAGUUGGUUAUAGGCAUAUCGACUGUGCUGCUGCAUACAACAAUGAGGAAGAAGUCGGAAAGGGCAUUGCGGAUGGGCUGCUCAAGACUGGAUUGACGAGAGAAGAUCUUUGGAUCACAAGUAAACUGUGGAAUGACAAGUACGUGCUUGACGAAUCGCAGAUCUGCGAAUGCACACAAUACUGACAGAGUAAUGAUAACAGACACGACCCUAACAAAGUUGAAUCCGGUAUCGACGCCUCCCUCCAAAAGCUAGGCCUUCAAUACCUCGAUCUCUACCACAUGCAUUGGCCGGUAGCAGAUACUCUCUUCGGCGGAAAGGAAGUCUCCUACCUCGAUACCUGGGGCGCAAUGGCUCUCCUCCCCCAAAAAGGCAAAACCCGACACAUCGGUGUUUCCAAUUUCUCUCCAGCACAACUCGAAGAUCUUCUGAAACACACUUCUUCCCCGCCAGCCGUCCAUCAGAUGGAAUCCCAUCCGUAUCUCCAACAGGAAGCCUACCUAGAGUGGCAUAGAAAUCACAGUAUCCAUGUAACAGCGUACUCCCCUCUAGGUGGAACAAAUCCCACCUAUGACGAGUCCGAAGGACCCGAAGCACUCCUGAAAUCCAAAACCGUGAACAAAAUUGCCAAGAAGAGAGGCUGUACACCCGCGCAGGUGGCUCUACAAUGGGGCAUGAGUCGCGGAACCAGUGUGAUUCCCAAGAGUAUUCACAGAGACUACAUUUCCCAAAACUUCCAUGCUCCGGAAUGCGUUCUGAAGAAGAAGGAUCUGAAGAAGCUCGCCAAGCUAGGCGAAGAGCGGAAGAGAUAUAACAACCCAAGUAAGAGUUGGGGUGUGGACCUCUACGAAGGAUUGGAAGAUGCGGAUGGAAAGGGGGGAAAAGCGAGAUGGUUUGGGAAGGAUGCGAAAUGA